GGACUGUAGACAGUGAGACACUCUCCGGCCGGCGCUGCUGUCACACUGCGCGAUGUGGCGGCUGUUCGCCUUCAUCCUGCCGGUCAUCAGAGUUUAUCUGAUCGGUGUCAAAGUUCUUCUCUACCAGCUGUUCUACAGAUCCUUCACUUUACCAGCUUUACCCAGACAGAAUGGGACGGUUGCCAUAGUGACGGGAGGAGCCAGAGGAAUGGGCUAUGAAACUUCUCGACACCUGGCGAGCCUGGGCACGCAUGUGGUCAUCGCAGGCAAUGAGGAGGAGGAGGGUCUCCGUGCGGUGAGAAGAAUCCAGAAGGAGAGCGGACACAGGAAAGUGGAGUUCAUGUACCUGGAACUGGCCUCCUUAAAGUCCGUGCGACAGUUUGUGCAAAGAUUUAAAGCCAGGGGUCUUCCUCUACACACCCUCGUCAAUAACGCCGGUGUUAUGCUGGUCCCAGAAAGGAAGACGGUGGAUGGAUUUGAGUUGCACUUUGGGCUGAACUAUUUGGGCCACUUCUUGUUGACCAACUUGCUGCUUGAUGUGCUGAGCGAUUCUGGGCACAGUGGGAGGUUCUCCCGUGUCGUCACAGUGUCCUCAGCCACUCAUUAUGGAGGAAGACUUGACCUCAACGACCUGCAGGGCAGGUCGUGUUACUGUUCCCAUGGUGCGUACUCUCAGAGUAAACUGGCCCUAGUGCUUUUCACCUACCACCUGCAGGAGCGUCUGUGGGCUCGAGGUGAUCCAGUAACAGCUAACGUUGUGGACCCUGGCAUGGUGGACACAGACUUGUACCAGAACCUGUGCUCUCCUGCUCAGCUGGAAAAACCUGUGGCCAAAUUGCUCUUUAGGACUCCGGCUGAAGGAGCAUCCACGGCCAUUUACGUCGCCGCCUCGUCUGAACUGGAGGGUUUCGGCGGCCUGUACUUGUACAACGGCCAUAAGAAGAGCUCCUCAGCAAGCUCCUACGAUAAACAGCUGCAGGAGAAGCUGUGGACCAAGAGCUGUGCCAUGGUGGGUCUUUAGAAAGCCUGAAGGGACAUCGGAAAACAUCUGACCGUCCUCGCCUCGAGAAUUCGAGUCACGAUUACUAUGGCAAAAGUUAAUUUGCUAGCGGUUUUCCCUUUGCACUUUGCCUCAUACCUGAUACGUUGCGUUAUAGUGGAAGGAGUUAUUGCUUCUUCAUUUGUAGCAAUCCACCAGAGAUGAAUCAUCUGUCCGAAGGUAAAUAAGGACCGUUUUUAAUCUACGCCGUGAUUCUGCACUAUGAAAACUUAUCAAACAUUAACGUUAAAUAACCCGAAUCGAUGCAAUAACAAGUUCUACUGAUUUGCCAUGCUUCGGCUUUUCAAUGACUGUAAAAAAAAAAAAACACAAUCAAUUUGACCUGUGGAUCACGGUCGAUUACUGCCUCAAAAAAAAAAAAAAUCCAAAAUGGACUACGCGCUGCCUCUGUGUUCAUUUCCUCCUGCUUUGGUUGGAAAAAUGUCGUCUUGUGCUGUCUUCAGUGGAUUCCCGUGUUCCUGUGUGAUCUAUUUCUCUCUGCUGAAACGCUUAACAACGGAAAUCUAUUGAGUGCAAUCUGUUGAAAACCUCACUGAUGCAGGAAGUCUACAGUUCCAGAAAUAAGACACCCCCCCCCACUCUGGAAUCCUAUGUGGCGUCUCGGUAGCUUGCGUCUGGGAUAACUUUGAUUUUUCUGUUCUUGUUAUUGUUUUUCUUUAACCUUCGGUGACUGUGACGUGUUUGAAAAAGAAAUGUGAUUGUUGUGUCUGAGCAACUACCAGUUGUUGUGUUUUGUUUCUCAUUUUUUUCCCCCUCCAUCAAAAGGAAGAAAAUGUUUGAAUCUUAAUGUUGAAAGCAGCAUUUGGAGUGUUGUUAAAAAAACACUUGAACAUGCCCAAAACAUCUUCGAAUCCAAGGUGUCAUUGUGAAAUCAGAGUUUCGACUAAUUAUUUUGGAUAUAAAUGAAAAAGCAGGAUGAAGCAACUGAAAAGACUUCUAGUUUUCUAGCUCCCUUGUAUGAAAACCGUGAGUGACCGGGAACGUGUGAACUCUUCCGAAAGUGCUGCUUUCGCUCCUGCACAAAAUCUCACUUGUAUCUGUGGCGAAUGUGACCGUGUUAAAUUGUACGUGUCUGUAUUUCUUUGUGUGGAAACGACCAACGAGUCGACCAAUCAUGUGCUCAGUACUGUACGCUUCACAAUGUUUCUCUAUUCAUGUCCGUGCUCUCCUUUCCCAGGUUUUAACCGAGGGUUCUCUUUUCGCAUUGUACGAGCCGUGCUAAUCAGUCGGAGCCGUUUCGGCUUUCAUCCCGACCGGCGAGGGUAAUUACGGGUGCUAAUUGCAGCCCUAGCGUGAUUGCUUCCUUGCUCGGCUACCAGUCAGUUUAAUUAUAGAGCGAUAAGAAGGUAAAGGGAUGAAUCUGUACCAAUAUUUAGGAUUGAUCCGAAGCGCGGCUCAGAAGGAGAUAAUUGCACACACGCUCUCGAUUAUUAAAGGCGAGCACCGCUCACUGUGAACGGCGCCAUUACGCUACGCUUCGAUCGUCAUUCCCGAUCUCUUUAACACGAGUGGAUCGUCCUGUCGAGUGGUGCGGAAGUGUCAUCAUCCCUUAACACGGGGAAGAAGAGAAAUUAAGAAGAAGGAAAAAAAAAAUCAUUUCUUUUGGAAGAAAUUUCAAAAAAAGAAACCUUAAAAUCAAUGUUACUUCGGCUGUCGUGUCUUUAUUUGAUGUGUGAAUUCAGUGGGUGGGGAAUUCAGAUUUAUUUUUGCGUAGUGAAAAACAGUUCGGCUUGCAGACGAACAUAAAAAAAAAAAUUUGACAUCCUGGUUUUGAAACCGCUCCCUUUACAUGCAUCACCCAUGUGUUCUUGUGGUGAGGGGCGUAAAGAUGUCAGAAGCCGUGUGGGUGUGUGAGUGUUUGUCUCUAUGUGACAGAGUGCCCGAGUGUGUGUUGGGCUCUUCGCUGUAGGAGUACUUGACUCAUCAAAGGCUGAUGGGUCACGUUUUCCCUCAGCAGCGUGGGCGAAUCCAAACGGAUCCGUUUGAAGUCCUGACAUGCAGCACCGUCCUCUUCCAACAAACACAGCUGAGCUGAAUUUAAAGGCACACUCGAGUUUUGGAACACCAGUCGGGAACUUUCGCUGCUCUCUACAUCAAGGACGACCCCCGUCGAUUCGAUGCGGCAGCACUUUAUUCUGACGUGAGACUUUUUUUUUUUGCCAUACUCUCUUUUUAUUGCAGUAUCAGGGUUGGAAAUAUGAUUAAAGCUUAAAUAAGUGUCUUGAUUA